AUGGCACCAAAGGCUGAGAAAAAGCUCACCGAAAAGAAGAAGCCCGCGGAGGAGAAGAAGACCACCGCCGCCGCCGAGAAAGAUCCGACUGAGAAGAAGAAGAAGAAGAAGAAGAAGAAGGGAGGAGAAGAAGGCCUCCGCCGUCGCCGAGAAAGAGCUGCCGUCGAGAAAGAUCCGGCUGAGAAGAAAAAGAAGGGAGGAGAAGAAGGCUGCCGCCGCUGCCGACUGGCAUGGAAUCACUCCAUUGAUGUGGGAGCAGGAGUGAUAGAUGCAGAUUACAGAGGACCAGUGAAAAUAGGUGAUUGUAUUGCACAGUUGAUCAUUGAGAAGAUCAUAACUCCAGAUGUUUUCGAGGUUGAAGAUUUGGACUCUACUGUGAGGGGUGCUGGUGGGUUUGGUUCUACUGGUGUUUAA